UCAUUCAGUCCACAGACUGCAUACAAAGAAAAAAAAAAGAACAUAGCAUAUAUACCCAAAAAGGACCUGUGACGUAGUGGUACAUCCCUAGACUUUGAAUGGUUAUACCAGGAUGAGGCCUACAGGUGCUUUUACAACUAUGCCCCCCCCCCCCCCCCCCCCGCUGCCUUCCACGGCCUUCUCGGGCAGUCCCGUGCCAUCGGGGGAACCUGAGAAUGCAGCCAGUGUUUCUGCCAGCUGACCAUAGAGCUGAUUGGAGACCAGAGUGGUGCCAAUCAUCUCUAUAGUCUAAGAAUUCGGAAUCUACGAGCAU